AUGUGGAUUAUUAACUGGUUCUACGAUGUCCUCUCAAGCCUCGGCUUGCUCAACAAGCAUGCCAAGCUUCUUUUCCUCGGCCUCGACAAUGCCGGAAAGACCACCCUCCUGCACAUGCUGAAGAACGACCGUGUCGCUAUCCUCCAGCCUACUCUUCACCCCACUUCCGAGGAGCUCGCCAUCGGCAACGUGCGCUUCACCACCUUCGAUCUCGGCGGUCACCAGCAGGCCCGUCGCCUGUGGAAGGACUACUUCCCCGAAGUCAACGGCAUCGUCUUCCUCGUCGACGCCAAGGACCACGAGCGGUUCCCCGAGGCCAAGGCCGAGCUCGACGCCCUCCUGUCCAUGGAGGAGCUGGCCAAGGUGCCCUUUGUCAUCCUCGGCAACAAGAUUGACCACCCCGACGCCAUCUCGGAGGAGGAGCUCCGUCACCAGCUCGGCAUGUACCAGACCACCGGCAAGGGCAAGGUGCCUUUGGAGGGAAUUCGACCCAUCGAGGUCUUCAUGUGCUCCGUUGUCCUCAGACAAGGAUACGGUGACGGUAUCCGGUGGCUCUCGCAGUACGUCUAA